AUGCGCGCCCAAUUGCCCUUGCUGAGGACGGCGCGAGGUGUGCGACCUGGUCAAUCGCCUUCAUACGUCUGCAGGCAAUGUAGGGGCAUCCAGAUCAGCGCUGCGCCGACGAUUGAAGCCCCAAAAGUUGGCGGGGAUGUCUUUGGAGCUCGAGGAGCGUCGCGGGAUGCCGCCGAUGCCCGGUUCGAGGUCCUUGGUUCCCCCUACUCUCUUCUUUCUGUCUCUCUGUCGCCAUCGCAGCAGCUCUUCACCAGAAGGGGAACAUUGGUAGGAGUUGCAGGCAAGGCUGAAAAUGCCCAAUCGACGCUGUUCAUUCUUUCGCCCUUCACACGAGCCUUUCUUGGCGUACCUUUCUUAUACCAACGCAUUUCAUCUUCAACCCCCCUCACGGCUCUGAUUUCUACAAAGUCUCCCACGACGACCUUUUCCGUCCUUCACCUCGAUGGUACCACCGACUACAUGGUCGCCCAGCGCAAUGCGCUUCUUGCCUGGACUGGCCACACCCUCUCCGUAUCGCCGCGUAUAAGCCGUGGUCUUUCGCUUGCCCACUGGGGAAGCACCCACCUCACCGGUCGAGGCCUGGCUGCUCUGUCCUCUCCGGGUCAGGUAUACGAAGUCACGCUCGCAGAAGGCGAAGAGUUCGUCGCUCACCCCUCGCACGUGGUCGCAUACGCCGUCUCUCGCAACCCUCCCUUACCGAUGCGCCUCAAGUCGAACAUCCUCCGCCUCCAGAUCCCCAACAUUACUCGCUUCUUCCCAGAGACGAACUUCAUGAAGGCGAUGCGCGAUACCAGCACGUACAAGAACAUUGCUCAGUUGUUGUUCACCUUGAGGACGUCACUCAGACGCACCAUCUGGGGCGAUCGCCUGUUCCUUCAGUUCCGGGGCCCGACAACCCUUCUCAUGUCCAGCAGAGGAGUGAGGGUUGCCGACUCCCUCACCAACAAGGAGGUCAACGAGAUUGCAGAUGCGCCGGCUGGCGUAGUUGCGGAGGCUGUCGAACUGACCACCCAGCCCAAGGUCGAGGCGAAGCCCGCAUCGGUUGAGCAGCCACCCUCAGCCAUUCAUGUUGCCAAUGUAUCGCGUGAUGGAAAGGUCAGCUUUGAGGACGCGAAGGAUCUCAAGGAAUUCGUGCGAUAG